ACUUGAACAGAAUGGGGGAAAGGGUGUUCAUUGCCCUCUCUAGCUUGGUCAUUUAAUUCGUCAUUUCCUCCCUCAAUCGUGUGAUCUGCUGUGUGAAGCUUUGAAAAGCCAAGCAAAGAAGAGAGCUAGUCAGGGGUGUGGUGAAAAACGAGAAUACCCCAGCUGGCUGAGGACAAAACAUCUUGGGCGGGGUUUUUUAAUUCUUUCCUCAUGCUCCCAAAGGAUCUGAAAAAGGCAGGAAAAAGCAGCGUUGAGUGAGGAGCAGGCUUUGUUCCGAUCAGAAUCACAAUUUAGGGUGAGUGCUCACAUAAAUGGCAUCAUUGAGCAGCACAAAUGAGGAGAAUCUGGAGGAGAGUGAGUGCAAUGAAGAUGUUAAAAAGGUGGAGCCGGGGGAUCCAACCAUCGAGGCAUCCGAGCUGCUGCUUCCUCAAGAUGUUUUAUGUGACUCCUGCAUGGACGGCCCCUGCAAGGCCCUCAAAUCCUGUCUGACCUGCCUGGUGUCUUACUGCGAGGCACACUUGAGACCACAUCUGGAGAACACCAAAUUUCAAAACCAUCGUCUGGUUGAUCCUCUCCAUGACAUUGACUGCAGGACUUGUGAGGUUCAUCAUCUUCCUGUGGACCGUUUCUGUCUGACUGACGGCUGCUGUGUUUGUCCAGACUGUGAGACUCAGGAGCAUCAAGGUCACACGGCUGCAACAGUAGGAGAGGCUCGCACACAGAUUGAGGUUGAGCUGCAGAAGAAGCAAGAAGAGAUCAGCCAAAGUGCUGCAGCUGCUGAGAAAGCCAUUGAGAAGCUGCAGAGCAACAAGGAUUCGAUUAAUUCUUCAGUGCAGGAGGUUUGCAUUACUGUUGAGGAGCAGUUCCAAAAGCUGCAGAUUACCAUGGAAGAGGCCAGAAAAGGGGCGGUGGACUUGCUGGAAGGAGAAAAGAGAAAAGCACUCAAACAGGCAGAGGGCAUCCAGGUACAUCUGGAGCAGAGGAGAACAGAGCUCAUGAAAACUUUGGGUCAAAUCAACAAACUCUCCAAGUGCAAGUCUGACAUUGACUUCCUGCAGGACUAUUCAGAGUGGAAGAAAAGGCCGGCAGAUUUUUGUCUUCCUGCUGCUUACAUAAACCGCAUGAACCAUCUUACCUCUUACGUUCAAGUGGUGACUGAUGUGACGCAGGAGCUGUGCGACCUGAUUCUGACAUCUUACAAAGAAAAACUGGACCUGGUGUGGAAAAGUUGUGCUAAAUCCCAGAUGCCAGAAUCUCCAGCUAUAGCCCUGCCUGAUCCUGAGACACGAGAGGACUUCCUGAAAUACACAAGGAGUUUGACCUUUGACCCAGACACCACCCAUAACUUCCUGCGCGUAAAGGACAACAACAGAAAGCUAACCAACACCAGCCCCUGGCAGCACAGCUACCCUGACCACCCUGCUCGCUUCGAGUACUGGCGACAGGCGAUGACCGUGGAGAGCCUCUACCUGGGGAGACACUACAUUGAAGCAGAGCUGAGCGGUGAAGGUGCACAUUUAGGCGUCACAUGCAACAGCAUUGAUCGUAAAGGAGAGCAAAGCACUAGCUGCAUCAACGGUAAUGACUUCUCCUGGUGUGUCGGGAGGAACAGCCGAGGUUUCUUUGCCUGGCACGAUGGUGUGGAGACGUGCUUGGAAGGCUCUGGUAUCACAAAAGUUGGCUUGUAUGUUGACUUUCCCAAAGUAGAGGUGUCUUUCUAUGAUGUUACUGGUCCUAUGAGACUCCUACACAAAUACACAGCUAACUUUACAGAGCCUUUAUAUGUAGUGGCAUGGCUAUCGAAGAAAGACAAUGUGGUUUCUCUACUGGAUGCAAAAUGAGACAUUUAUUACACAUUAUAAUGUUUUCUCUUUGUUCAGGUUUCCUGCACACUUUUAACGAUCAAAUUCAAGACUUUUUAAGACCUGAACUGAGGAAAAUUAAUACCACUUUUUGCACAGCAAACGGAAAAUCCAGACCAGGGCUGAAUUUUCUCAUUUAAUGAGUGGUUUAUAAAAUGUCCAAUGACAAAGACAUUUUUUUACCAUAAAUGCCCAAACUUGAUGGUUUCUGGCACAUUUAAUUCUUUAUUCUACCUAUAUGCCAAAUGGUAAUAUUUAUUGCAACACAUUUUUGCAGGUGUGCUGAUCUGAUCCUUAACAGUUUAAUAAAUAAAAGGCAGAGUGAUGCUUUUUGUCAGGGAAGCCCUUUUAAAAUGAGGGUGGGCUGCCCAAAGCCUAAAUGGGUAGCCCAGAGGUUAGAGAACUGGACUAUCAAAGCAAGUACUAUGAAAUAAGAGAGGAGUCUGGGGUACUCUGCCCAGGAAAUUCUACAGGAAAAAAGCUCAUCCUUCAUGAAAACAUUCUAAUUGAGCUAAUGUAGCUCCGUUAGCUGAGUAAGCUACAAAGACAACAUAGCUAAAGCAAAGCUUACGCUAUGUAGCGUAGCUAUGUUGAUAACAUAAAUAUGGUAUUUUUAUCUACAUUUACCAAGGCUUACCUUGCUAAUGCUAACUUAGCUACAUUUGCUUAUAUAAUAGUUUUAACUAUGUAGCUAGCUUUAGCUAAAGCUAAUGAUGCUAAUAAAGCGAGCCACCACCUAGUACAACUUCUUAAAUGGGUUGAUACUAGGGAUGUCAAGAUUAAUCGCAUUAACUGUGACAAACUACGAUCCACAAUUAGUACACCAUUAUUUUUAAAUUGCAAUUAAUUGCAUGCUCUAUUGGCCCUUUAAACACACUGGUGAAGCCCAUUAGCUUCUCUCUGCAACUGCUGUGAUGUAAAAUAAGUCCACCACUGCUCCUUAUUGUCUCAUUUCACUCUAAAAACUCACAGACAGCUCAGUGGACACGUCAGAAGUUAACUGAACCUAGUGUUAUCAAAUAUUUACCUUUUUUACUGUCCUUUCUUUCCUUUUCAAUCCAUGACAAGCUCCUUUUUUCUGUGGUCAAGUUCAUGUUAUAAUCCUCUAUCAACCUUUCCAAACAGGAAGUCAAUUACCCAAGUUUACAACAUUGGAAAAUAAAAAAUGACACAUGCACAGUUUUAAAUGCAAAAUAGUGGAAUUUAAAAGUGUUAAAUAAAGGAUGUGAUUAAUCACGCUAAAUUAAAGAAAUUCUGAGAUUAAAUGCAAUAAAAAAAUUAAAUCUUUUGACAGCCUUAAUGCAUGAUUUUCUGCAGAAAUCGAGUAGUACCUAUGCCUUACACUCUUGUGCAGUCUAUCACUUAAAUGUGCCCAGAGUCCAAACUGAUUUUGGAAAAAGAGCUUUUUGUUAUGCUGCCCCCACUGCCUGGAACACGAUACAGACUGAACUGAAAAUGGCUGAACUGGUUUCAUUCAAAGCUUUUCGUUCCAUUUUGCUCACCAGGCAGCGAGAAUCCUAUGAACAAUGCCUGUGUUCUUAAUUGUAACUGUCCUCAAAAAUUAUUGCUCUUCCAUUGUCAAGUUGUUGUUUUUUGAUAUAGUUAUUGGUUGUAAUUUUAUUGCCUAAACCUUUUUAACUUUGUAUUGAUAUUUGAUGUGUGCUGCUGACCUCUUGGCCAGGUCGCCCUUGUAAAUGAGAUCCUGAUCUCAGUGGGAUUUAUCUGGUUAAAUAAAGGUUAAAUAAAAAAUAAAAUAAAUAAAAUAAAAUGAUUUAAACCCA